AGUACUCGAAGAAACCACGGAUAUUAGCGAACAUUUUCACCAGUAGUUGACGUCCCACGUUGCUGCCACAUUGCCUCUUUUGAUAUGGAGAUUGAAGUCGCGAACAUCUCGACGCAAAACUUUCGAGCGUUAUUUCCUCUCUUCGAAAUCGUUUCGUGCCACUGUCGCUCUACGAAAAUGUCCGUACGGAAGAGGGGAAGCAGGCCUUCCUUGUCGCCAAGGUAGUGGCCCUGUCCGUGAUGCUGUCGCCGUAGUGGGGUCCUAGAUGGGCUUGUAGUGGGGUAAUAACAUCGCACGAGCACGGAGACAAAGGACGACACGCAAAGGCGUGUGUCAUCCUGGGCUGGAAGAGUCUAUCUGAGAUCGGCACUUCCACCACUCCUGACGUUGCAGCGCUAUCUUAUUUGUUUCUGGAGUACAGAGGUCCCACUCCUAGUCGAGAAUGAACGAGGUCGAAGCUUUGAAGCAGGAGCGCUACCAGCUGCAGCAGUACGCCGAAAAAGUAACCAAGGAGUUGCAGCGCUUCGUCGACAGCGGGGCGCUCAAGCGAGAUAAUCUGGCAGCUUCAGCCGUGGCGCUGCCACCAUGGGCGAACAAUGUGCAAUUGAUGAACCCCUUGAUUCGGGUAUACGACGACCGCGUGCGGGAGCUGGAGACCGUACUGGGAAAGAGCGCCGGCCUGGCGGAGCAAGCCGCUGCGCUCGUGAACGAAAACGAAACGCUACGAGAGGAGCUGGUGCAGAAGAGCGAACACAUUGCGCAGCUGCAGACUCGGGAAUUUCUAAGCGCAGGCGGUGGGUCCUCGAGCAGCAGCGGGGGCGGAGGCCUGGCUGCCGUUCGUUCUCGCUUCGAGGAAGAGCGGGAAGAGCUCGACGCGUUGUAUAAGAUGAGCGUGGAACAAAACGAGGUGCUGGCGCAGCAGAAUGUUCUGUUGAAGUCGCAAAUCGAAAAGAUGCAGCAGCGCGUCGCGGAGUUGGAGCAAUUACACGGGCAAAAUCAGCAAAGGGCACGGCAGUCGGACGAGCUGGACCGCAUGCGCGCGCUAGCGGAGAGUGAGCUCGAGACCACACGGAAGCAGCUCGCAGCACACAAGGACGGGCUGCAGAGUGUUUCUGAAAAACUGAAGCAGGCGCAGCAGCAGGAGCAUGAUUGGUCACAGAAGUACCAGCUUCUCCGGGACGAGAGCGACGAGCGAGUGGAGCGCAUCAGUGCCGAAAACUCGCAGAACCUGAAGCUGUUUCACGAGUUGUAUCCCGUGUAAGUCUAAAGACGUCCCCCGGCUUUGUAGUCAAGAUGUGGACAUUGAAGGUCUACGAGUUGCGCAAGAUAAUGUUGUUGGGCCUAUCGUGCAGUCGUGAUUCGAUAGUGUAGCCGCAGCGCGAAGAACCCAUCCCCUUCUUUUUUCUGAUUAGAGCAUGAAGAGUUGGACAAAGAGCCUGCCUUUACGGGUGACCGUUUCGCAUGGCGAAGGUGUCACUGUCUUACUCGUGUUUAGCAUGUAUGUCGCAUAGGUGGCUUUUUUUACACCGGAUAGGUUGUCGGACGAGCUCGGCGACCGUCGUGCGAAGUUUCUGGUGCUGGAGCGAGAGAAUGUGGACCUCUCGGAGAAGUACCAACGCGCGCGUAAGGAGGCCGACGCGGCCAAAAACGAGGCGCAAAACAUGCUCGUGCUCAUGGAACAGUUAGAGCGUAAAGAGAAAACGCAGCGACAGCAGAUCGCGGACCAGCGCGCAAAGCUCGACGUCCUGGAAAAGGACCUAGCUGAGGUGCUGCUUGAGAAGACUAAGCUUGAGGCCUUGGAGGGAAACGCGUCUCGGAGCAAGGAGGAUACUGACCGGAAGCGCAAGCAGGAGAUGGAGGUAAGGAAUCAUGCCGCGUACUUACUUGUAUUACUGGAUAGAGCAAGCUGCUGCAUAAAUUACUGACUGUGCAUGCAUCUUCUCGCUGGUAUGAAAUGAACGGUGGACAAUUUAUUUUACAUCAAGCAGAACCUAAGAAGCAGAAGAGAAACCUCUGCGCCCUGCAAACAAUGAAGGUGAUCCUCGAGGAUAUGCGCAGAGCGACAGAGGGGCAAAUAGAAAUGUACCCAGACACAAAGCAACCCACUCUCGAGGACCCGUCCGGCUUUCUUGUGCACUUUGUGCGUUGCAGGGGGCGACUUGCGAAGCAGGGAGUGGUCGUGUUGCGCAUGUGCAUACUAGAUGGAUCACACGGCUGGCCUUUGAGUCGUCUGCCAGAAGUGACCCUUGUGAACUAUGUGUUUUGGCAAGUGUGCUAUAUCAAAUGUGGUCGGGGCAUGGGUUGCUAUUUUUGCCUACUAUAUGACGCGGCAAAGACGGAUAGAUGAUCUCGAAGACCAACUGUCGAAGGCGUCGGCUCUCAGCCUGGACCUUUAUCAACCGGCAAACACCUCCGCUCACCCAAGACAUGAAGAUGACUGGAAGCUGCAUUUUAGACUGAGUGUUUUGUACUUUUCUUCGGAAAGCAGUUCAGAAAGAGAAAGAUUGUAGGUAGAAUAAUGGCAGAUUCCAAUGUGCGGGCGAUUCUCACGUAAAAAACAAUGAACAAGAGUCAGCUCCUGCUACGUGACACCGUUGGCAGUGGCCGCUGAUAGCUGGCUGUGGGUUGGAAGUUGUUUGCAAUAUGUUGAUAAUUCGCAGACAAAGUAUUCAAUUCUGUCUUCUAUUCGGUCGACGGGUAAGAAGAUUGAUGAAAGCAAGACUACCCCCCUCCGCUUGUGUUUUGUUCUACACACACAUGUUAUGAAAAUGAAAUGCUCUACCUUCAACUGCGAACCGUAAAAGAGCACGCGGAGCUAGGGAGCGGCCACAUUAGCUCGUAUCGGUUGUCAUUUUUCAGGUACGACCUCCUAGUGAAGCAGCACUCGCACCAACAGACGGCUGCGGAAGCGAGGAUAUCUUUAGCUGAGAAAACUUCUGCGCACCUGCGUACCGACCUGGAGGACCUGCAGAAGAGACGAUUGAUGCUCGAGAAGGAAGUAUUUUUGACGCGCCGCGUCUGUAUUUAGUCGACGCAGUUUCUUGUUCUUCAGCUGGUGGAAGUAACUCCAGUCACGCUCCUACGUCUCAAGGCAUAUGAGACAGAGGAGGCUGCUGCCGUUCCAGAAGCAAGCGUCUGUGCCUUGCCCCCAGUACGCAGAAGUACUGUGAUUGUAUUGAUGGCAAAGCUGCGGCAGAGAAGUGCUUUCGAACUAGUGUUCGUGCAUUUGUUGAUGUAGUGAACUGGUGUGCCUAUUUGUUAUGAUUGAAGUAUGAUUUUAUUUUAGUGGAAAUGAGAACUGCUUCGGCUUCCUCUUCACAGGUUCAUGAUAAGGCGCGCGAACUCGCAUCCUUACAAGACAAGUUGUAUCCUGUGUAAAAGCGACGUCCAUACCCAAAUCCAUGUAAACUCUGUGAUCUGGUGGUCAAAUGCCUGGGAAGCCGUUGUCCGCGCUCUGCGAGCUGCGACCCUGUUUCGCAAACGCAGCGCGGAGGCAGUUGCUGUUAUCACGCAGGGGUCUUGGCGGGGAGGCCGGAAGGGGUAGGAAAUAGCCAGGUUGCGCAAAACGCGACCGGAAGCCAAACAAAAACUUUCCCAAAGAGCAUCCAAAAGAUGGGCAGCAGCACCGGGGAGAGGGUGAAAGUCGCCCUGUUUUCUCUGGGCCGUACUCCGAGCAGAUCAUUCCUCGGUUUAGUUUUUUUUUGGCGCUCCUCGCUCGUGGGGUUUUCGCGCAUGUAUUUCGAGGCCAUUAUCGCCCCCUUGGCCUGGCCUGCAUAAAAGUACCCGAGUAGUUCGGUCUGCAAUUGUGUCGCGCUUCGCAAUUGUGGCCGUGUCCAGGAUCUUCCGCCCCUUAUACUGACAGGCGCACUUCGCUCCGCUUUGGUUGUGAUCGGUUUAGCAUGACGAAAUCCCGAAGCAUAAUGCACUACCCGCCCUUCAUGGGGAGCCGGGCCAGAUACUUCCUGUGCAUGCAAGAUGUACGUGACUAGUAUUGGAUGGGGACGUGGUGUUUUCACAGGACAACUUGCAGGAGACAGCGCAAGCACAGAACAGAAACCUGCAGCGAAGCUAUCCUCAAGAAACAUGCUACCGUGUCAUAUUUGAAAAAGAAACCAGCACCGGCUGAGCCGCGGAGCACGAGCGAUUGAACGCAGGGGCACAGCCUUGUUCUUUUUUCAUUGGCGGUAGCGCCAGACUGUGCGCAAAAUAGUAGAGGGUCCGCUUGUAGUGGUGAUGGUGAUCGGAGCGGUGGAGCUCCUGAAUGAUCAAGGUAUGUUGACAUCCCGACGUGAACUGGUACCGAGUUCUUUUGUAUGCAGAAAAGUAGAAUAUGGCAUGCUAGUUGUAAUUUUCUGGAUGAUAGAAGUACCGAUAUGAAAAGCGAGCUCACUUCGAGUCUCGAAAACUUUAAGCAGAAGCUCCAGCAUAAAGAAGACACCUGCGCUGUCGUGGAAAAGCAGAACGCAACCCUGUCUCGCCGCGUAGCAGAUCUGCAGAAGCUCUUGGUGAACAAAGAGCGGGAGUAUCAGGCGGUGAUAGACGACGAGCGCCGCGUGUUUGAAACAGAAAAGUCACAGCUGUUGGCAAAGGUCAAAACACUCGCCGCAAAGGGCAAGGCUGGCGAACAAAGGGCCAUCGAACUAUUGAAGGUCUGGCAUGAAUGUUUUUGAUAGAUAAUAUUGCUGAGUUGUUCUUAUUUUUGUGCGUUUAUGAAAGAAAUGUUGGAACUGAUGCGCAAGAAAACACUUUUCCACACGCUUGCAGGUGCAGGAAGAGUUACGGACGCGCUGGCAUGACGAGCUCACACUUGAGAAAAGGUCCCUUGAGGAGCAGGUGGACAAAUUGAAAAAGCAAUGUCUGCAGCUACGCAUGGGCGCAGUUCUCAAGACACGAGGACUUACAAGCACCUGAAUGGCGGGCCUUGUUGUCUUUGAAUGAGAUCCGGAGCAGGAGGUUGCAACACCAACCCAGUAGACAGCCCGUUUAUACAAGGAGGCGGAGGAAGAUGCGCGACUGCAAAAAGUAAACAAGGAGGCAAAGUCCAGAAGUUGAUAUAUAUGUUCUAUUGUAGGAGGUUCAGAGUAGUUAAAAUGGUUACAAUGAGGGCGCCAGACAAAAUCGCGCUUAAAAGUAGACGCUCGUACUAUUUGUUGUCGCUGGAGUGUGGUCUUGGUGUGAUUUAUUUCGAACUAGUGCGCAACUCGCUUGCGACUUCUAGUUGAGAUCGCGCGUUUCACUCAGAAAUAGUUUAUCCUGCGCAGGCAGAUCCAGGACCAGGCGACGCAGGCGCUUCCGAGGGAGGCAGAGACGCGGCUGAUGAGUUUGUUUACAAAGCGAUGCCCUUUUGACACGUGUAAGACCAGCUUCAAAGAAAUUUAGCUGCAAGGAAUGAUGCUGAAAGAAUCGACGACUGCGCGACGGCGCAAAUUGCCUUGCAAGUAAGUUACCAGGCGUACUGGUUCCUAGUCCUUCUUCACAAGCGUUAAGCUCCUGUACAGAAAUUAGGUUCUGUACAGAAAUUUCCGGCACUUAAAUUUGAUCUGGUGCAUGAAUGUGUAAAGGUGCUCUGAUGUGCAGCAUCCUCA